AGCCAGCUGCGUUCAAAACACAGUGCCCUCAAUCCUCCCUGAUUUUCUGCUUCCUGCCUUGUUUUGCGCUUAUUUUUCCUCCCACUGGCCCCCUUUUUUUUGGAACAAUUGGCGCUUUUUUUAACUUUAACUUUUAUUUGCAGUUUCUAUAUAAUGCAGCUGCUUUCCUCUAUAUUCCUUACGAAACGCGUUUUGCUCCGAGAUUGUUUCCCCCCCAAACAGCAUCCUACUGUUGUCUGUUUGCUGGCUGCUUUCGGUGAACAUGGACUAAUUUAAAAGCCGUAUAAAUGCACCUGCCGUCGAGAAGAUACUCUGCUUUUGAAGUCGAAGAGGUGUGUGUGCCCUGGGUGAAGCCUGGCCUGUGCUGUGGUGGCGAUGAAGAAUCCAGGAGCAGCGGAGAGCCGCCGGCUGGUAGGCCUGCUGGAGGCCGCCCUGGUCAGGGAGGCUCGCCUCUGGAAGGUGCCAGUCUUCAAGAACGGAUGCAUCCAGGGUGCUGACAUCUCUUCCUCCCAACACCAAGAAAUGAUCCUCUGGCUCGGAGACAUGAGCCGACUGUUCCAGUUCUGUCCGGAGACCUUUGCCCUGGGAGUGUGUGUCCUCAACCGACUGCUGUCCACCGUCAAGGCUCAACCAAAAUACCUGAAAUGCAUCGCGUUUACCUCGCUGGUCCUGGCUGCCAAAAUCAAUGAGGAAGAUGAGGUAAUAGGUUCUGUCAGAGACCUGGUUGUGCAGAGCGGAUGCAACUUUUCGACAGCGGAGAUUCUUCGCAUGGAGAGGAUCAUUCUAGACAAGCUGCACUGGGACUUGUACACCGCAACACCGGUCGACUUCAUUCACAUAGUAAGUUAGAAUUCAGCAGACAGACAUGAACUUUUUUUGUUUUGUUUUGUUUUUUAAACUGGACCUGAACUAUCGGAGCGUCUCAUCGUGAGCUUAAAUGAUUCCAGGUCCUGGUCUUGCAUAAAAACACAAGCAGUACAAAAAGCACACAUCGAACCAUCAUGCUUGCAUCAUGUCUGCGACAAGAUGGUGUAUAGAAAGCCUCGCACCUCCCUCCUGCUGCCCCCACAAGAAAGAAUUGGUCCUACUAGAGAUUGUGCAUUCAUUCCAUUUGGCUCAAUGUGCCCAUUAUCGGUAUUAAUACAAACUCCAGUCAGUUCUGGUUGAAGUGAGUCCCUCCCACAAUCACAGAAGCAAAGAACAGAAAUAAAAGCCUGCCUCUAACCCUGCCUGAUUCAAGGUUUUGCGUUUGGUUAAUGCUGUCUGACUUUAACUGUGUUUUGUUAUCUUGGCACACUUUGCUCUGGAGCUGCAACAGUAAGUCAGAAAAUGAAUCUGCAACUGUUUUGAUAAUCUUUUUUUUUUCUCUUUUAACCAAAAAUGCCAAAUAUUUGCUCGUUUUUGCUUGCCAAAUGCAAGAAUUUGAUGCUUUUCAUUGUCACACAUGACUAUCUUUGGGUGUUAAAAAAAUAAAGUCAUCUUGUGCAGUGGAAACUCAAGCAACAGCCAAUUUUCACAAUUUUUUUUGACAAUUUGUAACCAAAAAUAUUCAGUAUAUUUCACAGAUGAAUGGAUAAUGAAAAAAAUUAUUCGUUUCAGACUUAUUUGGUCGUUUUCCUGAUCUAACAGAUGGAAAAAAAAAUCGUGUGUCGCAUUCUAAUGUGAAUAUUGGGCUUGAAUUUUUCAUAGAGGUCAACUCCAAGUUCUAACCCAAACCAGUUACCCACCAGUGUUUAUAUUAACUAAAAAACAGAGCCUCAUGAAACUCCUCUUAACAAUAUAAGACUGCAUUUGCAAGCUGCCAGCAAAAUAACAUGCGUGUUGCAUAUCAGGCCAAGGCACUUCUGACUAACUCUUACCUGCAGCCUUACUUUAAAAACCCUGCUGCCACCAGAAGGGGAGUUUGAAGUUCUGAAACCUUUUAAAUUGUCACCACAUUUUGAGUGAUUAGUGUAUCAAUAACAUGCUGUGGAUUGUUGAGAUUGUUCAGAAACACCCCCCCAUGCUGUGUGAUUCAGCUUCCAGCUUGGAUCUGUACACAGGAGUGUAAUCGUUAAACCCUCGCAACUCAUUGCCCGAGGCGGUAACCACUGACUGAACUGUCAACAAAUACACACACAUACACACAACAUCGUUUAGGUCCCCUCAUGCACUUGGGCCCAGGGCUGUAUUCAUAGCGCCUUUUAAUGAGAAGAGAUCUUAUCACGAAACGGUGUUGCUGAAAGUGAAUCGCUCAGCCACAGCUUCACUUCACAUGAAGAUAUGGGAGGCAGGUGUUUUCUUCUACAGACAGAGAGUCUUUUUAAAGCAAAAUAUAGCUACAUUUAACUGUAAAUGAAGAAGAAAUCGGAUGCUUUAUGAAUACAGCCCGAAAUUUUCUCGACAGAAACAUUGUAGGAUUUCUCCAUCGGCUUCAAAUCCAUCUUUAAAAUACAUCUGACAGUGAUUUAUUUUUUUUAAACGUAUUGAUCACAGUUGAUUUGUGAAGUAUUGUCAUGCAUUCUCAUCCCAGACCACAAGCAUUCCCAUCGAUAGAUAAAUAACAGCGCUAGAUUUGUGUGUGAGAUUAGUGGACUGAUUCUUAAAGCCACAAACCAUAAACUGUCACCAAAAAAAGCAGCUUGGCACAUUUGGACUGAACUGGGCUGAUUCCAAGUCCUCUGCAGAACUAAAAAAGGGCACUUUCCCUUCCUAAUCUGACUGAUAGUUGUGUCACAGGUUAACCGAGUGCAGAGUUGUUGUUAUAAUUAUCAUUAUUAGCGUGAAUCUAUAGAUUAUUGUCCCUAGCACUUCACUUUAGGUAUUACAAAAAAAUCCAAGACUUCCAAAAUAAAGAGACGUAAUGUAAUAAUAAAAACUAUAAUAAAAUAAAGACAUAUUUCUCUUUUUAUACUAUUCAAAUAAAUAUUUUUGUUUUCCAAAUAAAUACUUUGACCUAUACUGUAAAUA